AUGUCCGAAUCGACCUGUCCCGCGACCGACACGCAGUGCGUCUGCCACGACCCCCAGGUGCAGAAGAGCGCAGCCGCUUGCAUCUCCCAAGCCUGCUCGCUUGCCGACUCGCUGAGCGCCAAGAACGCGACGCAGACGGCGUGCGGCGCGCCCGUCCGGAGCAAGACGCGGCAGUACUACAAUAUGUCCGUCACACUCGGCGUACUCGCCGUCUCUCUCGUGCUCGUGCGCGUGGGCUUUAAGCGGUUCUGGAGCCCGAGCCGGUCGCUCGGGCCCGACGACAAGAUCAUCCUGCUGACGCUCGCGCUGCGCGUGUCCGGCACCGUGCUCAACGUCAAGGGCCUCGCCGACCACGGCCUCGGCCGCGACGUGUGGACCAUGUCCGCGCGCGAGCUCAGCACCUUUGUCAUGUGGCUGUACAUCAUGGAGGUCCUGUACCUGGCGGAGCUGUCGCUGCUCAAGCUGAGCCUGUCGGCGUUUUACCUGAGCGUGUUCCCGGGCACCGGCGUCCGGCGCCUGCUCUGGGGCGUCUGCGCCGACAAUGCCCUCUUUGGCGUCGCGUUUGUCACGGCGGCCAUUUUCCAGUGCUCGCCGAUUCACUACUGGUGGACGCAGUACGGCGAGCAUCCUGGCCGGGGACGCUGCAUCAACAUCAACGCCAUGGGCUGGUCGAAUGCCACCAUGAGCGUGCUGAUUGACGUUGUGAUGAUUGCGGUUCCGCUCAGCCAGAUCAGCAAGCUAAAUCUACACUGGAGAAGAAAGGUUGGCGUCGUCAUCAUGUUCUUGACUGGAACCUUUGUUACGGUUGUCUCGAUUCUACGACUGCGAUCCCUGGUGAGCUUUGCAAACUCCAACAAUCCAACGUGGGACCAGUGGGAGGUCGCCUAUUGGUCGACAAUCGAGGUCAACAUUGGCAUGAUUUGCACAUGUCUCCCCUCGCUGCGGCUGCUUCUCCUGCGCCUAUUCCCUAGGCUGCUGGGGAGCACGACGGCGUCUGGAGACCGUGUCUCGUACGCGCAUGCGUCGCGUGGCCAGACAGUUCUCCGUUCCCUCACAUCCCUGGAAAGCCAUGAGAAUGAAUUGACCGACAUUGAAAACGCAAAAGGCAGCGACUGCCAGUCAAAUCUAACCAAAUCUACUCGUGUGCUGGUCAAGUCGGAGGAGCACCCUUGA